ACCGGUGCUGCAGAGCUGUGCCCCGCCCUCCAUGCAGUUCCCUGUGGGCCCCGCCUGCAUCUUCCUGAGGAAAGGCAUCGCUGAGAAGCAGCGGGAAAGACCACUGGGACAAGAUGAGAUUGAAGAGCUCCGGGAAGCAUUUCUUGAGUUUGACAAGGACCGAGAUGGGUUCAUCUCUUGUAAGGACUUGGGGAAUCUCAUGAGGACCAUGGGUUACAUGCCCACGGAGAUGGAACUGACUGAACUGGGCCAGCAAAUCCGCAUGAACUUGGGUGGCCGUGUGGACUUUGACGACUUUGUGGAACUCAUGACCCCGAAAUUGCUUGCAGAAACGGCAGGGAUGAUCGGUGUCCAGGAGAUGCGAGACGCCUUCAAGGAGUUCGACACGAACGGGGAUGGGGAGAUCACCCUGGCAGAGUUGCAGCAGGCCAUGCAAAGGCUCCUGGGAGAGCAGCUCACCCCGAGGGAGAUCUCCGAGGUUGUCCAGGAGGCUGACGUUAAUGGAGAUGGCACCGUUGACUUUGAAGGAACUCACACCAAGGCGGCCUUUGCUAGGAAGCUUCCCUUCACCUUUAGCUGUGAAGUCUCGCAGAAGUUUCUGGUUCUUUCCAUGGGAGUUAUCACCACGGCAGAUCUUGCUGUAUUGGGCUGCGUUCGCCUCCGUUCUGGAUGGCAGCGGAGGAGUCUUCCCUAA